CAGUUUCUGAUUUGUACGACCCCGGCCUUUUGGGAACUAACGCUGUACAGGAGCCGCGGUGUGUCUGCCCGAGGUGCAAGUAGGGAUGAAGCACCGCCGAGGCCGCUUCCCCUUCGUUGCUUUCCUACUCCGAAGCGUCUCUGGUUUUUCUCUAGGCUGACAGAAAGAUUUGUUUACGGUGUGGAUGUAUUAGUAGACACAUUCUGGAGAAUAUGGACUGAUGUGCUGGAUGUUCUUGGAAUUGAUGCUUCCAACCUGACUCAUUAUUUCAGCCCUGCAGCAGUUGCCAACAACCCUACUCAUGUGCUUCUGCUUAUUGGUGCUGUUUUACUUGCCUAUUGGUUUUUGUCUGUUUUCCUUGGAUUCUUCUUCUCUCUUUUACAUAUGCUGUUUGGUCACUUCUUCUGGAUUGUAAGAGUUGCUCUUUUUGCCGUCUCAUGCGUGUACAUCCUCCAGAAGUAUGAAGGAGAACCAGAGCAUGCAGUCUUGCUGCUGUGCUUUGUUGUAGCUGUCUACUUCAUGACUGGGCCAGUUGGAUUUUACUGGGGGAGAAACAGCCUGGAAGAGAAGAUUGACCAUAUUGACAGUCAAGUUAGACUUCUGAACAUACGUCUUACUAGGAUAAUUGAAAACAUGGACAGAGCCAAUGACCAAUGAAAUAAAACCUAUAGAUCACUUUA